AUUUCCCCUCUUUUGCUUUGGAUUUCCGCAUCUGCAGAUUUUCUCGUUUGCUCAAAUGCGCAUGCGCAGAGGUCUGAGGCGGUACGACCUAUCGCGCAUGCGCUCAGUCGGCGUGAGGCUCACAAGGACCGGCUGCAGGAACCGGGGUGCUGAGAACACACCAGCAUUUGUUCACUGGAGAUCAGUUCUUCAACUCAUUGAUUGUACAAGGGAUUCAAACAUCUGACUGUCUGAAUUGCCAGAUGAUUGAUCGCAGUGAGAUAUCAUUCUCCUUCUCUCAGUAUGGGAAGGGAUUCACUCACAGCCUACCCGCAGACACGCCAGUGAGUUCACAGUGGGGAGAGGCCAUUCACCUGCUCUGUGUGAGGGAGGGGAACUACUCAGUCAACCAGCCUGAAGAUACAUCAGCAAGUUCACACCACAGUGAGAUGCUCCACCUGUUCUGACAGCGGGAAGCAAUUCAUUCUGUCAUUGAUGCUGAAGAUAUAUCCAAAAAUUCACCAGUGAGGAGACGUUUCUCAGAGUGCAGGAAGGCACUGACACAAUCAACCACACUACAGAGACACCAGCAAAUUCACAUGGUGCCAUGGCCUUUCCCCACCUCUGAAUGUCGAAACAGAUUCAUUUAGUCAUCUCAAAUGAACGAACGUCACCAGUUCACACUGAGAAGAUGCCGCUCACCUGCUCAGACUGUGGGAAGGAGUUCACUUCAUUAUCUCAAUUGAAGGUACAUCGGCGAGUUCACACUGGGGAGAGGCCGUUCACCUGCUCAGACUGUGGGAAGGAGUUCACUUCAUUAUCUCAAUUGAAGGUACAUCGGCGAGUUCACACUGGGGAGAGGCUGUUCACCUGCUCAGAAUGUGGAGAGGCAUUCACUCGGUCAUCUCACCUACUGAGACACCAGCUGGUUCACACUGGGGAGAAACCGUUCACCUGCUCAGACUGUGGGAAGCGAUUCACUUGGUCAUCUCACCUACUGAGACACCAGCUGGUUCACACUGGGGAGAAACCGUUCAGCUGCUCAGAAUGUGGGAAGCGAUUCACUCGGUCAUCUCACCUACUGAGACACCAGCUGGUUCACACUGGGGAGAAACCGUUCAGCUGCUCAGAAUGUGGGAAGGCAUUCACUCGGUCAUCUCAACUACAGGAACAUCAGCAAACUCACACUGGGGAGAAACCGUUCAGCUGCUCAGAAUGUGGGAAGGGAUUCACUCGGUCAACUGACCUGAAGGUACAUCAGCAAGUUCAUUCUGGGGUGAGUCCGUUCACCUGCUCUGAAUGUGGGAAAGGUUUCAUGCACUCAUCCAAACUACGGAGACACUUGCUGGUUCACACUGAGGAGAGGCCAUUCACCUGCUCUGAGUGUGGGAAGGGAUUCACUCAGUCAUCCAAACUACAGACACACUGGCUGGUUCACACUGGGGAGAAACCGUUUGCCUGCUCAGUAUGUGAGAAGGGAUUCACACGGUCAUCUCAACUGAAGGAACAUCAGCGAGUUCACACUGGGGAGAAACCGUUCACCUGCUCAGACUGUGGGAAGGAGUUCGCUCGUGCAUCUCAGCUGAGCGUCCAUCAACGAUUUCACACUGGGGAGAAACCGUUCAGCUGCUCUGAAUGUGGGAAGAGAUUCACUCUGUCAUCUGACUUGAAAGUACAUCAGCGAGUUCACACUGGGGAGAGGCCAUUCACGUGCUCGGACUGUGGGAAGCGAUUCAUUCGGUCAUCUCAACUGAACACACAUCAGUGCUUUCACACUGGGGAGAAACCGUUCAUUUGCUCAGACUGUGGGAAAAGAUUCACUCUGUCAUUUCGCCUACUGAGGCACCAGUUAGUUCACACUGGGGAGAAACCGUUCAUCUGCUCAGACUGUGGAAAGGAGUUCGCUCGAUCAUCUGGCUUGAAAAUACAUCAGCGAGUUCACACUGGGGAGAGGCCGUUCACCUGCUCAGACUGUGGAAAGGAGUUUGCUGGGUCAUCGGAUUUGAAAAUACAUCUGCGAGUUCACAUUGGGGAGAGGCCGUUCACCUGCUCUGUGUGUGGGAAGGGAUUCACUCACUCAUCCACCCUACAGAGACACCAGCUGGUUCACACUGGGGAGAGGCCAUUCACUUGUUCUGAAUGUGGGAAGGGAUUCACUCAGUCAUCCAACCUUUUGUCACACCAGCGAAUCCACACUGGGGAGAGGCCGUUCACCUGCUCAGAUUGUGGGAAGGCAUUCGCUCACUCAUCCACCCUUUUGUCACACCAGCGAAUCCACACUGGGGAGAGGCCAUUCACCUGCCCUGAAUGUGGUAAGGGAUUCACUCGGUCAUCCAAGCUACAGAGACACCAGUUAGUUCAUACUUGGGAGAAACCAUUCACUUUCUCAGAUUGUGGGAAGGGAUUCACUUAGUCAUCUGACUUGAAGCUACAUCAGCGAGUUCACACUGGGGACAGACCGUCAGACUAUAAGACUUAAGACCAGAAUGAGGCUGUUUACCCCAUCGAGUCUGUUCUGUCAUUUUAUCAUGGCUGAUCCAAAUUUGCUCUCCACUCCAAUCUCCUGUCUUGUCCCUGUAUCACUUCAUGCCCGGAUCAAUCAAGAUUCUAUCCACCUCUGCCCUAAAUGUACAUAAAGAAUUGGCCUCCACAGCUGCCUGUGGCACGGAAUUCCCCAGAUUCACCACUCUCAGUCCGUUCUCUGUCAUCUCCGUUCUAAAAGGACACCCCUCUAUUCUGAAGCUCUGUUCCCUGGUCGCAGACUCUUCCACCACAGGAAGCAUCCUUUCCACAUCCACUCUAUCAAGCCCUUCCACAGUUUGAUAAGUUUCCAUGAGGUCAGCCCUAAUUCCUCUGCUGAUCCAGGCUCAGGCCCAUUGAACGCUCUUCAUAUGACAAUCCAUUCAAUCCUGGAAUCUGUUUUUGUGAACAUACUCUGAAUCUUCUCCAGUUUCGGCACAUCCUUUCCAAGAUCAGGGGCCCAGACCUGCCCUCCAAGUGAGGCCUCACCAGUGACGACCAACUUCCCGAAUUACAUCCUCGCUGAUAGAUUGUAGAUCUCUCGAAAUGAAUGCCGACGUUGCGUUUGCCUUCCACACCACAGACUCGACCUGCAAAUUAACCUUCAGGGAAUCCUGAACAUGGACUCCCCGUGACCCUUUGCACCUCAGUUGUUCGGUAUUUUCUGUCCAUUUCGAAGAAGUUAACACUUUCAUUUCUUCUACCAAAAUGCAUGAACAUACACUUCCCGGCACUGUAUCCCAUCUGCUGUUUUUUUUUUCCCAUUCUCUAAAUCUAUCUCAGUCCUUCUGCACCCUCUCUACCGAAAACUACCUGCCCCUCCUCAUGUCUUCAUAUCAUCUGCAAACCUUGUAACAAAGCCAGCAAUUCUGUCUUCCAAACUAUUGGAAUAUUACAAAAAUCACCAGUCCGAACACAGAGCCCUGAGGAACACCACUAGUGACUGGCAGCCAACCAGAGAUGGCUCCCUUUAUUCCCAGUCUUUGCCUCCUACCAUUCAGCUUGUCAUGGUCCAGUCCAUGACGUCUGCGUUCUGGUUCACGGUCCGGUCCGUGGACUCUGGACUCCGGGUCUUCUGGCUGUCCAUUGUUUCAUUGUUUAAUCACAGGCACUG